AAACUGUUAUGAAAAUAUCAGAGGUCCAUUUAAAGAGAUCAACUGUCCUCUGCCAAAUUACAUUAAUCUUGAGAGGUGUGGAUCAUUUUCCAGAUGUCCUGACUGAAAAUGAUAAUUUUUUAUCAUCAAGUCUACAUGUGUUGUUGAGUGGUUCAAAAGUAACCCAAGUAAACCAACGCAAGUCGCAAGUCAACAAUGUCUGAAAGAAUUAGACACAGACAUAAUGAGGAACAUGAUGAGACUGGACUCUUAACUCAAGACCUUGACCACUCUGCUGAAUCACAUACUCAUUCUAACAAUGGGGCUUUACUUGCAUCCAUGGAGCGCAGUUUGAAUGGAGCCAUUGUACAUCAAGAUGAGGAAGACCUCAAUAAUGUUCUCUUGAGCAGUAGCAGCAGGAGUCACAAGGAAUAUGUAGUUUAUACAGAGAGGUGGUUUAUACUUGCAGUGUUCUCUCUGUUGGCGCUGGUUCAGUCGUGUGGAUGGAAUACUUGGGGACCAAUUGAAAACACUGCCAGUGUUGUAUUGGGAUGGAAGCAGAGUACUUUUGCCCUUCUUGCCAACUGGGGUGCUAUUGUGUAUGUCCUCACUGCAUUCUUCUUUAGCUGGUUGCUACAUGCAAAAGGUCUUCGUGUAGCAGUGUUGCUUGCAGCAGGUGCUCUCGUAUCUGGGAUGGGAAUAAGAUGUCUACCGGUUCCUGUUCAUAGUAUGAUAUGGACAGCUCACAUUGGUCAAGUGAUUAUUGGGCUUUCAGCUCCUAUUCUCAUGGCUGGUGUGACUACUAUCUCUGCUGUAUGGUUUCCUACCAAUGAAAGAACUACUGCCACUGCCAUCUCAUCUACUAUGGCUUACCUUGGAGUAGCAGUAUCAUUUCUUAUUGGACCUCAGAUUGUACCUGAAAUCUUGCCUGUCCACACAAACUUCAGCACAGUCUCCCCUAUUGACAUUGCUGCAGAAGGAGAUGAUAUUCAUGAAAUUAACCCAGCUGAUUAUGACCCAGUUGAAGUUCAACAAUGCCUCAGACAAAUCAAGCUGCUUCUUUUCAUAGAGUUCAUAUGGACCCUUCUUCUGUUGAUAGUAGCAUUAAUCUACUUCCCAUCAGCACCUAUUACACCACCUACUGCUUCAGCUAUUGCUAAGAGAGAAGACAUGAAAGAGGGAUUACUACAAAUUGUUAAAAAGAAAGAGUUCUGGAUUCCAGCCCUGAUAUUCGGUAUGACUACAGGGUGUUUCAAUAGUUGGAACACACAGCUAGUAGCUAUAUUUGACAACAAGGCUGAUCAGUCUGAAUCAAGUUGGAUUGGUUUCUAUUCUAAUUUGGCUGGUGUCAUUGGAGGUAUCAUAUUUGGCAAGUUUGUAGAUCGACUUGGUGGUAAGAUGAAGGCUAUUCUGAUUCUUCUGAUGUUUGGAGCAUGUGGUGGAUUUGUUUGGGUUCUUUUACUAGCCAAUAGUCAUAUUCCAUACAGUACAGUGUAUCUGUAUGCUUCAGUCAUUCUAUUUGCAUUCUUUGUCAACUCUAUGGUACCUAUUAUCUUUGAAGUAACAGCAGAGGGUGCUUUUCCCACAGGAGAAGAAACCAGCUGUAUGUUCAUGACAUGGCUUGCCAAUGUUACUGGUUUGAUCUUCCUUCUACUUCCAAUAUUCAUAUCAAUUUCUUCCUUGACUUGGUUGAACUGGGUUAUGUUAGGAGCCCUUGGAAUGAGUUUAGUGCUGCUACUCUUCUAUAAAGAACAUUACGCCAGAAAGGAAUUUGAUGUUACUCAUCACGAUGACAUUGAGGAAGAGGAGUGUGAUCUUAACCCAACAAUACACACAUAAAUCACCUUCAUUUCACUUAAACUCAACUCGUUCUUAUGCAUUAGGAUAUUUCCCACUGAUAAGCACAUAAAUAAAAAAAAUAUAAGUAAUAAAUGAAAAGUAAUAAUAGCUAUUAUAUAAUGUUUGAUAAUUAUGUAUUAUGUUGAAGUGUUGUAGUUAACUGUUCAUUUCAUGUAAUUAUCAUUUUGCAGUUGAGGCUGGAUUUCACAAUAAUACGUAAUAGAAAUUCAACAAAAUCUAUUUUGGGCCACCUUAGUUUGUCCAUCUUAUAUUUAUUCUCGCAAUAAUCAAAGAACCAUUCCCAAAUCAACUUCAAACUUGGUCCAUGUAUGCAUUUAGGAGUGACGCUGAUCAGAUUAGUUUUGGGCCUUAUUAUGAAGCUUCAGAACAAUAUAUGUCAUUAAAAAAAAUCUUUCAUUGCAUGCAUGUAUUUUCAUGUGUAAAUAGGAAAUAUUUCAUGUGAUCUUGAAAAAAGGUGUUUUUCUUGAGACCUUUUUGUCUCGCCUGCAUAGCAGAGCGAGACUAUAGGCGCCGCUUUUCCGACGGCGGCGGCGUCAACAUCAAAUCUUAACCUAUUAUAUGGACCUAGUUCAUGAAACUUAGACAUAAGGUUAAUCAAGUAUUACUGAACAUCCUGCCUGAGUUUCAGGUCACAUGACCAAGGUCAAAGGUCAUUUAGGGUCAAUGAACUUAGACCAUGUUGGGAAAAUUAUUUUCAAAAUCUUAACCGAAGGUUAAGUUUUUGAAAUGACAUCAUAACUUAGAAAGUAUAUGGACCUAGUUCAUGAAACUUGGGCAUAAGGUUAAUCAAGUAUUAGUGAACAUUCUGCUCGAGUUUCAGGUCAUGUGACCAAGGUCAAAGGUCAUUUAGGGUCAAUGAACUUUGGUCAAGUUGGGGGUAUUUGUUGAAUUACUAUCAUAACUUUGAAAAUGUAUGGAUCUAGUCCAUGAAACUUGGACAUAAGGUUAAUCAAGUAUUAGUGAACAUCCUGCCUGAGUUUCAGGUCACAUGACCAAGGUCAAAGGUCAUUUAGGGUCAAUGAACUUUGGCCAAGUUGGGGGUAUUUGUUGAAUUACCAUCAUAACUUUGAAAAUUUAUAGAUUUAGUUCAUGAAACUUGGACAUUAGGUUAAUCAAGUACCACUGAAUAUCCUGUGCGAGUUUCAGGUCACAUGAUCAUGGUCAAUUGUCAUUUAAGGUCAAUGAACUUUGGCCGUGUUGGGGGUAUAUGUUAAAUUACCAUCCUAGCUCUGAAAGUUUAUGGAUCUAGUUCAUAAAACUUGGACAUAAGAGUAAUCAAGUAUCACUGAACAUCCUGUACGAGUUUCAGGUCACAUGACCAUGGCCAAAGGUCAUUAAAGGUCAAUGAACUUUGGCCGUGUUGGGGGUAUUUGUUGAAUUACCAUCCUAACUGUGAAAGUUUAUGGAUCUAGUUCAUAAAACUGGGAUAUAAGAGUAAUCAAGCAUCACUGAACAUCCCCUGUGAGUUUCAGGUCACAAAACCAAGUCAAAGGUCAGUUAAGGUCAAUAAACUUAGGCCAUGUUGGGGUAAUUGUUGAAGUGCCAUCAUAACUUUGAAAGUUUAUGGAUAGAGUGAAUGAAAUGUGGACAUGGGUGUAGUUGACAGUCUUAAGUCUCCGUUCAAAUGUCAUUUAUGGUUAAUGAACGUGGUAUUAUGUCAUUAUAUGAAUGAUGUUUUUGUGAAUGAUUAUUUUAUAGUAGUUUUCAAAGUUAGCACUGCUGCUAUAUUAAAUUGCGUAAUGCAGGCGAGACUGCCAGAGGCGUUCCACUUGUUGAUUUUUAGCAUUGGUUGGUAAGAAUUUGAAAUAUAUAUUUCCAUUUUCAUCCAGGUUUUAGCCAUUUGAAAGACAAAAAUAGCAUUUUUUCCAUGUUAGUGCUUUCAUUAUUUGAUAUAUUGUGUAUUAUUAGUCUUCUAUUAAUGGAUUUUUUCCACCCCACUUUUUAUUGACUUGAUUUUUGUCUCACCUGCAUAGCAGAGUGAGACUAUAGGCGCCGCUUUUCCGACGGCGGCGGCGACGGCGGCGGCGGCGUCAACACCAAAUCUUAACCUGAGGUUAAGUUUUUGAAAUGACAGCAUAACUUAGAAAGUAUAUGGACCUAGUUCAUGAAACUUGGCCAUAAGGUUAAUCAAGUAUUACUGAACAUCCUGCCUGAGUUUCAUGUCACAUGACCAAGGUCAAAGGUCAUUUAGGGUCAAUGAACUUAGACCAUGUUGGGGGAAUCAACAUCAAAAUCUUAACCUAAGGUUAAGUUUUUGAAAUGUCAUCAUAACUUAGAAAAUAUAUGGACCUAGUUCAUGAAAUUUAUACAUAAGGUUAAUCAAGUAUCACUGAACAUCCUGCAUGAGUUUCACGUCACAUGACCAAGGUCAAAGGUCAUUUAGGGUCAAUGAACUUUGGCCGAAUUGGGGGUAUCUGUUGAAUUACCAUUAUAACUUUGAAAGUUUAUGGAUCUGAUUCAUGAAACUUGGACAUAAUAGUAAUCAAGUAUUACUGAACAUCCUGUGCAAGUUUCAGGUCACAUGAUCAAGGUCAAAGGUCAUUUAGGGUCAAUGAACUUUGGCCAAAUUGGGGUAUUUGUUGAAUUACAGCCAUAAAUUUGAAAGUGUGUUGGUCUAGUUCAUAAAACUUGGACAUAAUAGUAAUCAAGUAUCACUGAACAUCCUGUGCGAGUUUCAGGUCACAUGAUCAAGGUCAAAGGUCACAUGACCAAGGUCAAAGGUCAUGUAAGGUCAAAGAACUUUGGCCACGUUGGGGGUAUUUGUUGAAUUGCCAUCAUAUCUCUAUAAGUGUAUUGGUCUAGUUCAUAAAACGUGGAAAUAAGAGUAACCAAGUAUCACUGAACAUCUUGUGCGAGUUAUAGUAGUUUUCAAAAUCAGCACUGCUGCUAUAUUGAAUCGCGUGAUGCAGGUGAGACGGCCAGAGGCAUUCCGCUUGUUAACAAAUCGAAGUGUGAUGGAUAAAAAUGAUUUUGAGUGUUGUUGUGCUAUAAAUAUGAAAUGGGGCAGUGAUUAUUUGGUGUACUAUUUGGGAUGUAAACCACUAAAUAUAUCAUGUAUUAUAGUUGGAAUUGAAGUAUGCAUUGUGUACAGGUUUUAGAGUUUAUUUUUGCAGUAUUUUUGUUUAUUUUCCUCAUGAACCCAUAGCCAUGAAUUGUAUUUUGCAUUUUUUUUUUGGGGGGGUGCUAGUUGAAUAUUUUUUCCAUUCAUAUUGUCACCCCAUAUUUAGAAUGGCUCAGUAUUCUGGUUUUGGGAAAAAGGAAGAUAUUUUAUGUGAUUAUGUGCUGAUUAAUAUAAUGGUUUUAUUUUGAAUCUCUUAUGUCACUAACUGAAAGUAUUA